UAUCAUAUUAUUCAAACACUUUUGCUGCGUCUUUGUUCUCAUAUUAAAUCAUGGCAGCAAUACAAUCUCUAGUUUCCGGCACCACUGGAAUCUUGACGGAAUUAGUCUCUGUUACAAGCUCCAUCUUAGGAUCUGUUGCAUCUAUACAAUUCGGUGCUUCCAGAGAUGAACUGCUGAAGCUUCAACACACUUUGAAAGAGAUUGCACUCGUAACAGAGGAUGCAGAAACCAAGCAAGCAACGGAAAUGGCUGUGGGAGUUUGGUUGGGAAGGCUUAAAGAUGUUGCGUAUGAUGCUGAUGAUGUGUUGGAUGAAUUCUUGUACGAGUUCAUGCGGGAACCAAAAGACAAGGACUCCGUAGCAUUUUCCUUGACGAUAACCCAAAAGGUUAAAGAUAUUAACUGCAAGCUGAAUGAUAUAUCUAGAGACGAAGUUUUUUUUCAGUUGCAACCAUCUACUGUACGUAUUCCUGCUGAUCAAAGUUGUUUGAAACGGUACCAGCUAGCCUCAUCUUUGGUAGAUGAUGGUUCAGAAAUAAUUGGACGGGAGAAUGAUAAAUCAGAAAUUAUAAAAAUGUUAACCAUAGAUACAGUGUCUCCGUCAUCGUCAUCAGAAUCAUCUUUGUUAUCUGAAAAUUAUAUUCACAAAGAAAAAAUUUCAGUCUUAUCCUUGGUGGGUGUCGGUGGGAUUGGGAAGACGACACUGGCACAACUGGUCUACAAAGACGAGUUAAUUAAAAUACACUUUGAAAAAUUUGUGUGGGUCUGUGUAAAAGAUUUUCAUGUCUCUAAGAUCUUACAAAAAAUUUUGGAGUUCACAGUUCCAUUUACAUUUGAUGAUGAUUCUAUAGUUCAUCAAUCUCCAAGGAAUGAUAUAUUUGAUGUAUCAAAUUUUAAAAACCUGGUGCAUCUAGUAGAACAAGAAUUAAGAGGAAAGAAGUUUUUGCUAGUACUGGAUGAUCUGUGGAACGAAAGUGUCACCGAAUGGAAUGAACUAAGGAGUAUUCUAAAUGUCGGUGCUCAUGGGAGCAAAAUUUUAGUCACCACACGCAGUCGAGUAGUUGAAUAUAAUGUUCGGGGGUUAUUUCCUCCAUACAAUGUGAAACACUUAUCAGACGACGAGUGUUUGUCAAUUAUUAGGAUGAAAGCAUUUUCUCCUGGUGGAGCCUUACAGUUGCCAAUCAUGUCCGAGAUAGGAAAGGAGAUUUCAAAAAAAUGCGCAGGCUUACCUCUUGCUGCAAUUUUUUUUGGAAAUCUUAUGUACUUGCAUAAUACUGAAACGUAUUGGUCGAAAGUUAGAGAUGAUGUCGGGUUGAACACCUCAGAUAAUCCAAACGAUAUCAUCCCAAUUUUAAAAUUGAGUUAUGAUAUACUGCCCUCUCAUUUGAAACAAUGCUUUUCUUACACUUCAAUUUUUCCCAAAGGUUGGGAGAUUGAAAAAGACAAAUUAGUUCAAUUAUGGAUUGCUGAAGGUUUCCUUCAGCCAUUCAUUGCGGGAAGUCAACAAUCCAUGGAAGACAUAGGAAAUGAUUAUUUCCAGAGUUUGCUGCGUAGGUCUUUCUUUGAAGUUGUUAAAAGAGACAAGUUAGGAGAGAUUCUGUUGUUUAAGAUCCAUGAUUUAUUAGUUGAUCUUGCACGAAGUGUCCUUGGUCGUGAUGAACUCAUGAUUCUGGAUGCAAGUGAAAUGAAAAGCACUUGUUUCCAAAAAGACAUAGAAAAUGCUUCUGAAGUUCGUCGAUUGCACUUGAUUUUUGAUGAAUAUACAUCAGAAACAUUUUUCAGGGAUACAAGGAAAUUGCGGACCGUUAUUGCUUGUGGAAGCACCAAUAUGGAACUUGGCCAUCUUGUUGGUAAUAAGUGUUUGCGUGUAAUAUCUUUGCAAAAUUUUUAUCAUAAAAGAAAACGUAUUCCUUAUCGGGUACAAUCUUCUUUGAAGUUUAUGCAUUUGAGGUACCUUGACCUCUCGGGUUUUCAUUUUGAAUAUACAAUAAAUCAAGUGUCAAUUGAUGAACUCUACAACUUGCAAACACUUGUACUUUCUUAUUGCUUUGGGGUACAGAUUAUUCUCGGAGGGAUCAUAUUUUUGAAAAAAUUAAGGCACUUAAAUCUCUCUUAUUCUGAUGUUGAAUUUCUACCUGGUUCCAUCACUAGCCUUGCUCGUUUGCAGACAUUAAAUCUCAGUCAUUGUAUACGGUUUGAGGAGUUACCGGAUGAUAUUGGGUCUCUGGAACAUCUGAAGUCUCUUAUUCUUUCGUCUACUGGAAUCACUGAAUUACCUGAUUCUUUAACUCUCAUCCGUAAUUUAAGGAGAUUGGAAAUAGAUGGCUGCGGGAAAUUAAAAUCACUACCCAGACGCUUGGGAGAAUUGACACAACUAAGGUGUCUUGAUCUGACGCUGACGGAAGUCAUUGGAUUGCCUGAAUCUUGUGCCCAGAACCUCUCCAAUUUAGAGAUUGUUAAUUUAGGAACCAAGUGUGAGCUUCCUGAUGAAAUAAAAAAUUGGUCAAAAUUGAAAUCUUUUAUUCAUUUUGGAAGGCUUGGUGUCUAUAAUACAUUGCCUAGAGGUAUAGAGAGCCUAACCUGCCUUCAAGAAUUAAGGCCUUAUAUGGUGGGGGAAGAAGAUGUCGAAAUUGAAAAGUUGGCCAACUUGAAAUCCCUUGAGGUGCUAUACAUAACAAAUCUAAAGCGGGUGAUUAGAGGUGGAAAAAAAGGGUCUGAAAGAGCAAAAUUAAAGGAGAAAUCAAGGAUUCGGGAAUUGCAUCUAGAUUUUGGUAUUGGUAUGUCAGAGAAUGAGGAUGAAGAGCGUACUCCUAAGAUGGUGUUGGAGGGUCUCGAACCUCAUUCUAAUUUGAAAGAGUUAAGUAUAAAAUAUUUCGAGGGCUUGGAAUUUCCGAAGUGGAUGAUUUGUCUUCCGAAUUUGGUGAAAUUAGAGUUUUCCAAUUGCGGCAACUGUGUGUAUCUUCCGUCCCUAGGUCUUCUACCAUGUCUUAGGAUUCUUCAUGUCUAUGAAGUGUCUUCACUGAAGUGUCUGGGUGAAGAGUUUUAUGGUAAAUCUGCACCAUCUUUCUUUCCUUCGUUAGUGGUAUUGAAGAUUUCAGGGGCGCGAAUGUUGGAAGAAUGGGAAUUUCCUCCUCCAUCACUACACAGUUCCUUCCCUUCCCUUAGGCAUCUGAGCAUCCACUUAUGCUCAAAUUUGACAACCGCACCGAACUCAUUCCAUUCACUCAAGGAAUUGGAAUUAUGGAAUAUCAACUCCAAGGCAGUCAACUCAAUAUUCUCCAGCGAAGGAGGAGGAGGCCUCACCUCACUCACAGAUAUUUAUCUUAAUUCCAUCGAGGAUUUAGAAUAUUUCCCACUGGGCGUCCUCCGCAACAAUAGUCGUCUUCAAUCUCUAAAGAUCAAAUCUUGCAUGAAUCUUAAGGGUUUUCAUGACGAUCUAUCACCAGCUGCAUUCCGCACCGUCACCUCCUCUCUCUACUCUUUCAGUUUGCUCAACUGCCCCGCUUUAUCAUCUCUACCGGAUUUGCGAUUAUGGACUUCUCUCCGGAAAUUAGAUAUCCGCGGAAGCGAAAAAUUGAUGGAGUCAGUACCGGAACCGUGUGAUCUUGCGUCGCUCGUCUUUAUUGAAACACUCAACUUAAGUCGGCUGUUUUACGAAAAUGACGCGGUUGAUCAAGAAAUCAUCUCGGUAGCACCAGAAGACGGGUAUAUGCCGUUGCUGGGCCGCAACCUUCAAGUGAUGCGUAUGAGGAAUCUUGAUAAUGCCACAGAUGGAUGGGAAUUUGCGGUGUAUGUAUACUUAAUGUAUGAGUAUCGGCUUCGGCAUCUGUAUCUCUCUUGGGAUCCCGUUUUUAGUGAUUCUGAAGAAGUCGGAUAUUAUAGAAGUGAUAACCAUGCUGAGGUGUUGGAAGGUCUCAAACCACACACCAAUUUGAGAAAGUUGAGCAUAUCUGGAUAUGAAGGUUCAAAGCUUCCAGAGUGGAUAAUGGAUUCAUCGUGUAAUUGCCUUCCGAAUUUGGUGGAGUUAUAUUUCUUGGAGUGUAACACUUGUGAGCAGCUUAUAGGACUUGGUAUGCUUCCGUGUCUUAGGGUUCUUCAGAUAAAAGGUAUGAAUUCAGUGAAACGCUUGGGUAAAGAAUUUUACUGCCAGAAAGAAGAAAAUAGUGGCACAACAACGGCAUCAUCAUCUGAAAUACGAUUGUUCCCUUCGUUGAUGGAAUUGAGUCUUAUGAACAUGUCAAGUUUAGAAGAAUGGAUUGCUCCGCCUCAUCAAUAUAAUUCAUUCCCUUCUCUUGAAAAAUUUGUUGUCAGCGACUGUGCGAGGUUGAAAUCCAUACCAUUAGCUUCAUGUUCUUCUCUUAAGAGCUUGGAGUUACGUAAUACCAACGACGAGGCGGUAAACUCAAUCUUAGCCAGUCAAGGAAGAGAAGGACAACUGGCCUCCCUUGCAUCCGUUUCUAUACAAGAUUCUCCGCAAUUUAUAUAUUUCCCAGUGGUGUUACUCCAAAAAGACAGUCAUAUUCAAUCUCUAGAAAUUGCACACUGCUCCAAGUUUAAAGGUUUACGGAUUCUUGACGACGACUAUUUCCAGGCAAAACAAUCUCCAGACACGGGAUGCAACACCAGCAUCAGCUAUCUGUUAUUGAAGUUAUUCGACUGUCUGAAUAUACAAUCUCCGGACACUAGAUUCAGCAACAGCAUCAGCUCUCUCUGCUCAUUGAAGUUACGUGAUUGUCCUGCUUUAACGUCUCUACCGGAUUUACGAAAAUGGACUUGUCUCACUGAACUUUGGAUCGAGGAUUGUGAUAAAUUGAGAAAAUCUUUUCCUUAUGAUUUGGAAUCCCUGCACAAUCUUAAAACACUCUAUGUUGAUUGCUUCAUCGAUCUGAGCCGGGAGGAAGAAGUGGAUCUGCCUACUACAACAUCAAACUAGCAAAUAUUCACUAACAGCAAAGAUACCAAUUAAAUUUCAGCAGGAAUUAUGAGCGAGGUCUCGAGAAGUAAGCACAGCUACGUGAAGGAUGCGGGAAUUCAGAACUCACCAGAAUAGGUGUGAUUAAUGAUUGGAGAUAUAAAUGGAGAACAAAUUGAGGGAUUGUGAGAGGUCGAUUAUGCAUAUGCAUAUGCAACAGUAGGAGAUGAAGACGGGUUUCAAAGCCAUGAGCAGCAGGAAAUGGACGGUAACUCAUUUCGCAGCAAUUGGACUACUGUAAUCGUGAUAAAAGAGUGUUAGAAAUUUGAGUUUUAUAUGUUUGUUUAUGGUUGUCGUUUUGACAAUGAAUAUACUUAGCCUCGGCGAUUGUUGUUGUGGUGGCUGUGGUGCCACCAUGAUGCCGAAGGUAUCAUAAAAGUCUAUUGUUUUGAUCCUAAAUUUACUGUUCAUAACUAUUUGGUAGACCCAUGGAUCAGGCCCAUAUU